GAUGCUAUAAUUACGUUUUAAAGUUUUCCUCAUUUACAUGGCAGCUUCGUUAAAGCGUGUCAUGCACCGACACGCGCACACGCACGCAGUUCAUGAAAUGCGCGUUCUCGUUGGAUCGGGUUUAAUUUUCCAGAUUCUUCGUGUUUGCUGUCAUCACGUUCAUAUCCAGAAAGAUUGCAUCGAUGUUCUUUGACACCGAUCCUCACAACGAUCACUGCCCCCCGUCAACGCGCGCUGAGGCUGUCCGCGCGCGCGCCUGGCGUCACGCGCCUCUCCCCCUCCGCGCGCAGCUGAGCCGCGCGGAUCAGACGGUCGGAGCAGCGCCGGCAGAGCGGCUGUCCGCGCGCAGCAGAGCCGUCAUGAGCCGCUCCGGGGUCGGCGCGUCUGCGGGGGAGGCGGCGGCGGGUUAGGGGGGGGGACACGCCCGGUGUGCUGUGCUGACUCCUGUCGCUCUCCGCCCGCAUCAUGCUGUACUUUCAGUUGGUGAUCAUGGCUGGGACCGUCAUGCUGGCCUACUACUUCGAGUACACGGACACCUUCGCCGUGCACGUGCAGGGCUUCUUCUGCUACGACAGCACCUACACCAAGCCGUACCUGGGCCCGGAGGACAGCAGCGCCGUACCGCCCCUGCUGCUGUACGCCGCCGUGGCCGGCCUGCCCACGCUGCUGAUCACAGUAACCGAGACUGUGCUGUUCCUGGUCCAGUACACGUCCAAAGAGUUUGACCGAACAGAGAAGACGGUUGCCACGGGGGACUGCUGCUACCUCAACCCUCUGGUGCGCAGGACCUUCCGAUUCCUUGGAGUGUACGCCUUUGGCCUCUUCACUGUUGACAUCUUCGUCAAUGCAGGGCAGGUUGUGACGGGGAACCUGGCGCCCUACUUCCUGACAGUCUGCAAACCAAACUACACAGCGCUGGGCUGCCAGCAGGCCCUCCGCUACAUCAGCCACCAGGAUGCCUGCACGGGGAACCAGGAGGACAUCUUACGCGCCCGCAAGUCUUUUCCCUCUAAGGAGGCCGCUCUCAGUGUCUAUGCUGCACUUUAUCUGGCUAUGUACGUGACCUACACCGUGCAGGCCAAGGGGACCCGCCUGGCCAAGCCCGUGCUUUCUCUUGGACUCAUGUGUCUGGCAUUCCUCACCGGCUUGAAUCGCGUCGCCGAGUACCGCAACCACUGGUCUGAUGUCAUCGCGGGCUUCAUCAUCGGCAUGGCCAUCGCCACUUUCCUUGUGGUGAGCGUGGUCCAUAACUUCAAAGGAAAGCUGCUGCUGAGCGAGGAGUCAGCAGGGGAGCGGCCGGCCGGCACAGCCGUGCUGAACAUGGGCCGGAUGGAGAGUCCUCUGGAGAAGUACAUCGCCUCACAGGAGACAGAUGAUGAAGAGGAAGAGUCUUGCUACAUGAAGGAGUGCCUCCAAACCUUUCUGCACUGGCUGCAGGGACUCCGCUGGUUCCAGCGUCUGACAAAUAAAAGGCAAACAGAGUUUGCAGUGGUUUCAACACAAACCAAACCAAAUCUCUGGACUGAAGCUGUUUAAGGUCCACACGCCUCACUUUGUGCUGCAGGGGGUCAAGCAUUAAACUGACUGAUGGCGUGCACGUUUCAUGCUGAAACUACCUGCACUGUGAUGCUCACAGAAGAACUUUUAUUCUUGGAAAAGACACAUUAUUCCAGAGUACAAGGCACCUCUUUCAAAUACUAGUUUAAAUGCUGUAGGUGCUGGUCAUGUGAUCAUGUUCACCAGCACAUACUGACAGGGGAACCUCUAAAAGAAGAGCUCGUGUUUUAAGAAAACAGUUUUCUAUUGGAAUGCUAAUGUGCUGAUCAUCCUUUAGUUACCCAACAACAACAUUCGUCCCCUCGUGCACAAACUCCAACUUUUGACACACAAAAUGGAAAUUUUUCCAGCCAAAAAGUGACACAAAUGUUUUUUUCUCUGUGGAAAAUAAAAGAAACAACUUCAACUGCCCUGCUUAAAGGUAACCAACCACCAGGGUUUUUCCCAGCUGCCUUUGGCCAUGGAGCUCUCUGGGCCCGGUUGGGUCUGGAUCCAGCUCCUCUACUGUCCGCACUGAUCCACAUCUGCAGCAGCUGCUGUUCUGUCACACAGUGGCAUCCCAUCGGUUCAUGCCGGACGCUUUAAGAGCAGUUUGUGGGGAAAACAGCUGUGUGCUAGAAAAACCAGGAAACCUGAAAACCAGGAGCCAGUCCAGAGAGUGGGUUUGGUGCUGAAGUGCUUCUACAGCUUUCUUCUGAAGUGACUUUGUUUCUAACCCUCCAAAGCCGUCAGCAGGAGCAUGUCUGCAUGAACUCUGCUCACCUUCUGUCUUUAAACAGUCUGUCUGCAGAGCUGCAAAAUGCUCCUCUGGGUUAUUUUGCAGCAUCCUGCACUCAGUGGCGUGACAGAGAGCGGGACAUCUCCCGCUCUCACUUCCAAUAUGUCGGCCUUGAAGGAAAAUUGCCUGCUCCUAAAAAUAGCACUGCUUAAAGAUGCCUGGAAGCAAAGAAGCUGCAGUGAAGGAAAUGUCAGGGGGGAGAGGAGGAAACAUGCAACAUUAUUUCCAAACCAGCUGCUCUGUGAUUCAUGACGUCAUCUGAAAAACACACGUCACUUAGACUGACGGGAUAAACCCGAGAAUCCCAGACAGGAAGUCAAGAGGAAGUUUGAAAAGAGGCUAAGUGAAAGUAAAAAACGGAUUCUUAAAUGAUCUUUGCAGAUCCUCUGAAGUUUCAUGACCUUUUCUCUCAUUGGGUCAUUUCAGACCAUGUUAGUCUUUUCUAAAAUGAUUGCAAUUAGAACACCUCUCCCCCACCAGAACCAGACUUUAACAAAGAAUGACUUGGGGACACGAGUGGAUGAAGCCCCAAAGACGACAGGAAGAGGGUUGUGUUCUGGAAACGGGUCUGUGGGACGGAGGAAGACUGCAGGCAGAUGAAAAAUGAAUGAGCAGCUCAGGAGAAAUGCGCUGAUGAAAGCAGUGGAUGCUGCUCUAAAAUGACAGGGGAGCUUCCUGCAUUCAUGCUGGCUUCACAAAGGCGUUUAUGAGCUUUGGAAAAAGCUUUUCUCAAACCCAGCAUCCACAGUGAGCUACAGCAGUUAUCAGAGUUCAUGGUGAAAAGCUCAGAUUCUGUGUUAAACAGUUUCAGGCUGAGCAGAAACUGACCACUUUGACCAGAAAAGCCUCAUCGGCUGCUGCAGGUGCAGGACUCAGUGGUAACAAAGACGUCCAUCCAUCCAUCCAUCCACCUCUGAACUGUAUUGUAUCAGUAUUGUACUACAAACAGAUGACCCAGAAAGACUCUGGAGGGUUCGGAGCAAAGUUUCGUUAAAACCCAGUUGAGGUAAAGAGGACAUGCAGCAGCAGGAACGCCACAGGUUUUUACAGACAGGGGUCGACCCAAACAGGAGCUGCAGGUUUUUUUUAAAGCUCGUACGUCUACCUCAAGGAUGUCAUGAAAAUGGAACGUACCAUUAUGGUGCGUGUGGUAAGUGUAUCGCAAAGUAAUUGUACGGAUAAUGGAAGUUACUCUCACUUAUGGCGUAUGGGUGAUGCUGUCGGACGGCGUCCUUACGCCGCACUGGGUAGUUGAUAGAGACGUGUGAGAUCAUGCAUGGAGCCCCAGUUCAGGGAGAUUGACAGUCAUGUUUAGCUUCUUCCAUUCUCUAAGAAUUGCUCCAACAGUGGAUCUUUGUGCACCAAGCUGCUUGGUAAUUGCCCCGUAGACCUUUCCAGCCUUAUGAUCUACAGUUUGGUCUCUGGUGUCUUUGGACAGCUCUUUGGUCUGGACCAUGUUAGUAGUUGGAGUCUUACUGCUUGUAUGGGGUGGACAGGUGUCUUUAUCCAGCUAACCACCUCAAACAGGUGCUUCUGAUUUAGGAGAAUAAGUGGAGUGGAGGUGGACUAUUUAAAGGUGGACUAACAGGUCUCUGAGGGCCAGAAUUCUAGCUGAUAGACGGGGUUAUGAUUUUUUGAUUUUUUUU